AUGAAACGCAGAUUGUUGUGUACAUACGAUGGGGAAGGCACUGAACUCUGCAAGACAAUCAAGCGGCUAAUACGCAAUCAGUCCAUCAAAAACAACUUUGUUCAUUCUCGUUCUCAGACUCAACUUCGCCUCCAGUUCCAGUUCAUCCCUUUUGAUCCCACGCAGUUCCGCUCAACAUCACUAUCUACCGUCCCCUAUCUUCAUAUCUACUUCGUCACUUGCAAUGAUGUGGAUGUGUACAAGAGAACGGUUAAAAAUGACAUCGCAAAUUGGUUCAAAACUAUUGAAGAGAAUAAUUCCAACUUUCUCAUAAUCAUCGUAAAUGGCGAGAGAAAGCUUCAAAUCCGCUCUUCCGUUGCAGACAAAAUCAAAGGAGACUUUCUUUCAAAAUACGUGAAUCGAUUGGUAGUCCUUUACGAGCCCUACCGAGACACGCCUAAAUCCCGCGAGUAUUGCGAAAAGUAA